AUGUCGUCGCUCCUCGCUCUCCCCAACGAAAUCCUGCUGAUGAUAAUCGAAUCACUCACAGAGGAGUGGGACAUUUGGUCACUUAUUCAAGCAAACCACCGACUCUACGCGCUGGGAAGGCCACGCCUCUGGCGGCACAACGCGGUCCACGAGAACAGUGAAGCCUUAAUAUGGGCCGUUGAAACCGAGCAGCUGGACAAAAUGCAAUAUGCGUUGGACCACGGAGCUAAUGUGAAUUGCGUGAAUUGGCAUGAUGAAACACCGCUUAUGAUCGCGGUCAAGGAAGACCGCCUCGAUAUCGUCGAUUUCCUGCUGAAGGUCCCAAACCUCGACGCUGACUUUCGGCAUCCAAAAGUGACAACUAAAACCGCACUCCAAUUGGCUUGUCUGUUGGGACGCCUCGAGAUUGUCGAGAGAUUGAUACGCCGCCCAGAGGUGCGAAUGGACGACGCGCAUAACAACAUCUUGCUCCGUAAUGCGGCGGAAAUGGGUGAUACCAAGCAGCUGGCACUUCUAUUGUCGGAUCCCGCGGCGAAUCCGAACCUUCUGAGCUCGUAUGGAUAUGUCCCUUGUACACCCUUGAUGGCGGCGGUGCAGAGUGGGCGUGUAGAAGCAGCCCGCUUUUUGCUCGACCAUCCGAGAAAUAAUCUUGGCACUCUUGAUCCAAUGGGUUCACCAGCUCUGUACUAUGCAUUUCGUACGAACAGAGUUGAAAUGGUCCAACUGUUCCUGGACCGCGGAGCAGAUAUCAACCAGGUUUUCCGGAAUAAUGAUACGAUGCUCUGCCAAGCAGUCAAGGCAGGUUAUGAGAACAUGGUGUCGUUUCUGCUUUCUCGCGGCGCCGACCCAUCUUUAGGCGCACCGGCCUGCAUUGCAGCCGAUGAAUGCGACUUCCGCAUUACCAAGAUGUUUGUUGAUGAACCGCGAGUUAGCGGAUGGCAGCUGGGCCACGUUCUGAAUGCCGCGGCUCGUCACCGACAAUAUGAGCUCACAGAGCUUCUGAUGGGACGAGCGGACAUUGACGUCAACCACCGGGGACACAAGGAGCUGACGCCGCUGAUGGCAGCGAUAUCGUACAAUUCAUCUCGUUCCCUCGAGAUGUCCCAGUUCUAUCUGCAACCCUUUAUACUUAAUUCUCGGGUGGAUAUAAAUGCGCAAGACGCUGACGGGCGCACGGCCAUUUCUAUUGCUGCGCAGUUGGGACGGAAAAAUGAUGUCCAAGUGUUACUCAAGCAUCCCGCGAUAGACGUCAACAUACCAAACAAUAAAGGCAAUACUGCGAUGGACCUGGCGCAGGUGUAUAGCCACGUGGAGAUUGUGGAGUUACUACGGUCAGCAGGUGGACAUCACAGUCAACAACAUCUGGAUACCUCCAUUUUCAGAAGAUGGAUCGAGAAAAUAGACCGUCUUUAUUCGUUUGAGAACUUUCUCCAAUCGACCGAGUGA